AUGUCUACACUGGUUACCUCAGACAACACACCAAGGCUUCAGAAGCCAACAAAAGGUCAAAAGAAAAAAGUCCCUGUGAAAGCAACAAUAGCUGGGACAGAUGGAAGAUCAGAGAUGUCACCUGUUUCCCCAAAGAUGUCUUGCAAACAGAAUGAUUCAGAGAAACAGGUGCCAGGGGAUGGUAUUUGCUUGGCAAAAAAAGAUCCACAGGUCAGCAGCAUUCUGGCUUCCAGUGAUGCCUCUGCAGGCGAUGUCCCUAAGCAGAGAUCCAAGAGGAAGAAGGGCCAAAGAAAAAGGAAACUGGAGAAUAUCAAGACCGAUCCAGAAGGCUGUAUAACUCUUGCCUCCAGCGAUGCCUCUGCAGGGGAUGUCCCUGUGCAGCGAAUCAAAAGGAAGAGGGUCCACAAGACAAAGACACUUGUAGAUGUCAACGCAGCUACCCAAGAGAGUAGUAUGCAGGCCUCCAGCACAGCCACCCCUGAAGCUGCCCCUGGAGCCACCUCAGAGCUCAAGUUCCCCAGGAGGGAGAGGAAGAAGCGCGUAUGGACUGUGGACCGUAUGGAGGGAACAAAACUCAUAAUGAACAAGAAGAGAAGACCCAGCUACCGCCCUGAGGACCUUGAAGCCUUCUACCGACUUCUGGAAGAUCCUGUGGUCCAGAACUUCUUGGCAGCAGACAUCUUCUUCAGGGUGACCGACAAGUACCUGCUGUCUAUGGUGGUGGAGUAUUUUGGUCGAGUUGGGCUGCCUGGGCAUCUCUACAACAGGAUCCAUUUCUUCUUGGCCCUCUACAUCGCCUGUGACAUGGAAGAGGAUGACCCCAUAUCCAAGGGGAGCAUCUUCCAAUUCCUGCUGGGCAGAGACACCUGGCAAGACUUAUACAAGGACUUCCUGAAGCUGAAGAAGGAUUUCUUCCAAGCGAUGGAUUACCGAGCCUGGGUCACACCAGAGCAGUGUGUGGAGAUCCAGAACCAGAACCCACACCACUGGGUCUGGAGCCGGGUGCGCCAGGGCACCCCUUAG